AUGUCAACUCUUUCAGAUGACGAAGCCAUUGCCCGACUCCAACAAGAUUUUCUUUCUACAAUUAGUUCGGUGGUAGAAAAGCCAAAUUCGGUGGUGAAGAAGCCGAAGUUACUGAAGAAAAAUAUUAGAAGACUGGAGACAUACCUGAACAAUCCGCACCUUGAAGUCAACUUUGAAAUAGACGGCUUCUCGCCUUUGGAAAAGGCAACGUCAAGAUGGUGGGUGCUUGAAAAGCUCUUGGAGCUCAAGAGCCUUGACCUGAACUUUCGCACGCCAGAUGGCCGAACGAGUAUCUUUUCUGCAAUCGAGUCACCCCAAACUGAUUCUUUAAAGCUUCUUCUUCAAAAAGGAGCCGCCGUUGAUGUGGUUGAUAACAAAGGCCGUACGGCGAUUUCAGUAGCUGCAGAAUAUGGUCGAAUUGAUCAUAUGAAGCAUCUCGUCCAAUCCAACGCAAACAUAAAUGUGAAAGACGUGAAUGGAUGGACUCCAAUUUCAUUUGCAAUUUCAAGAAGCCAAAAUGAUUCAAAUGAUUCGACGAAGUACCUGCUAUCGCAGAAAGACAUUCAUCUAAGCAACCACGACACCGACGGACGGACAUUAGCGGUUAUUGCUGCACAGGGUGAAAACAUUGAAGGUCUAAGGCUUCUGCUCGAUGCAAAUAUUACUGUCACCCCAAUGGACAGAAUCGAGCAUAGCCCUUUGCUAUGGGCUAUUCUCCAAAUGGAUACCAUCACCGCUCGCCUGAUUCUCAGGGCUGAUCGUAGCCUUGUUGAUUAUAAGGUGCAAGGCAGGACUCCACUGUCGAUAGCCACAGAGAUUGGUGACAUCGAUAUGAUAAAGCUUCUAGUUGAGUUAGGGGCUAAUGUAAAUCUGGCGGAUGAUUUCGUUUGGCCUUCCCUGAGAGACUUUUCAUUCAAAAGCUAUUUUCCAUCCGAUGAAUUUCUUCGGGAGGUUGAUUGCUUUGUGGAAGGUGCUAGAUGUGGCACAAAUUGUCGAAAGCCGCUGCUUGUUGCUGCUGAAUUCCAGCAUUCAGAAGUAUUAAACCUCCUUCUAGAGGCAAAGGCAGACAUAAAUACGAGAGACGCGGAAGGGCGGACAGCACUUACCUGGGCAAUCAGUCGAAAACUGGAAAAGACGGUCGAACUAUUGCUCUCGAACCCUGAGAUCGAUAUAAAUUGUCGGGAUAUGAAUGGCCAAUCUCCGUUUGCACUUGCCGCUGGUAUGGGCAAUGUAUGCAUGUUGGAAAAGCUCCUCAAGCAAGGUCCAGAUGUGAACUCAGAGGACGACAACCAAAAAACACCGCUAUUGUUAGCUGCCACAAAUAGGUGCCUAGAGGCAGUUGAAUUCCUGUUGAAAAUCCCGGAGAUAGACGUGGAUCAUGUGGAUGACCAUGGACGAACGCCUUUCUCUUUCGCGGCAGAAAAGGACUCAUUACCAAUUAUGCAAGCGCUCCUUAAUAAACAAGCCGAUCCACACAGACUUGAUAAUCGGGGCUGCACGAGCUUUUGGUGGUUCCUUCAAACACGACACGCGUGGCUUAGCUCACCACAGCCGCCAAAUGUUGCAGACUGGGAUCCGUCAAGUCUACAAGCCUUGAUCUGUGCCCUACCAACGCCCUACAAGAAAGACCCUUCCGGUCGAGACUGGCUGUCUUGGGCCGCUUCAUAUGGUGAUGAAGAGAUCGUGAGAUGCCUUCUGCAGUGCGGCGAGGAGGUCAACGUCAAUGCCCGAGACGAUACCCGGGAGACUUUCUCGAAGACUCCGCUAAUAUGGGCGUUGGAGGGAGAGCACGACUCUGUAAUAGAUCUGCUCAAAGAUGGUGACAAUAUUUCAUUGCAUUUACUGGUCGAGGGGAUAAGAUCCGCGAGUAAAGAGUAUUGUUUAAGACUUAUGAGAGCACUCUUGCAGGCAGGUUACAAUCUCAAUCAAACCGACAUGAACGGACGGACUCCUCUACACAGUGCGUGCCGGACAGACGACAAAGAAAUAGUUUCCAUUCUCAUCAAUGCCAAUGCCAAACUCAGUUGCAAGGAUCAUACUGGAAAUACCCCUCUGCAAAUCGCAUUGCACGCGAAAAGCAAAAUUGUCGUGGAUACCCUUCUGAAAGCUCCCUCGGUGGACCUGAACCCUGUCAGGUCAGAAGAGUGGUUCAGCCUUGGGAAAAGACGGGCUGCGUGGGCUCAGGUCACAAAGAAAAUAGGCAAUGAGGGGUUCGAAUUGAAACUGGAGAACGAUAUUGCAUGUGUCUUCUUGCCGUGUGCGAGGGAGAUCCGUCUUAGUCUUUGUGGAGACAAAUCUGUUUGGUCAAAGUUGUCCGGGAUUUUAGGCAUAAAAGAUCUCCUUACGGGCCAAGAAAAGUAUUUGAAACACGCUCAGAGAGGCUUCGGCAAUCAACUUGUUACAUACGUACAGAUUGAGUUCCCUGAAGAGGCAGGGGAGGAAUUUCAUUGCCCGUGGGGUAUCGCCUGGAUCAGCCGUCAGACAACGGACGGCCCUGCUCACGCGUUUAUCAGCACUCUUCCCGACGGAUGGAUACCAAAUGACUUUGCUGAUUUUUUGGAGCAGUUUUUAAAGACUGUACGGCAGCGAUGGAAAGAGAUGUGUUCCCACGCAAGCAGAAAAGUUGAGCAUUUGAAAUCACGCAUCACAAAGGCUAUUGAUGAGAUUGAGCACAGCGUGACCGCGAGACUUGACUAUUUAGAGCAGGCUGUACGAGAACUUUUGCAGAUUGAACUUGCUUGGAUUUCCACGAACGAGUCCGCCAGUUUCAAACGCCUAAGUUGGAUUACCUUCGUCUAUUUACCUUUGAUGUUUGUGUCCAGCCUUUUUGGGAUGAAUGUGAACUUGCUUAAGGAUUAUCCCGACUGGAGAUGGUACUUGCUUUUUAGUGGAUUAUCGCUAGUUCUAACCGGGACUCUAUGGAUAACAUUUAAAUUUCUCUACGCGAGGAAGACUUCGAGUUUCUACUUCAACGGCUGA